CGGCUUUCGCCCGCUGCUGCCGCCGCCGCCGCCGGCCGCGGCUGCUCUCCCAAGAUGGCGGCUCCUCCGGGCGAGUACUUCAGCGUUGGGAGCCAGGUGUCGUGCCGGACGUGCCAGGAGCAGCGGCUGCAGGGCGAGGUGGUGGCCUUCGACUACCAGUCCAAAAUGCUGGCUCUAAAAUGUCCCUCUUCCAGUGGAAAACCCAACCAUGCAGACAUCUUGCUUAUAAACUUACAGUAUGUUUCAGAAGUGGAAAUAAUUAAUGAUCGAACAGAAACCCCUCCUCCCUUAGCUUCACUCAAUGUUAGUAAGCUUGCCAGCAAAGCACGGACGGAGAAGGAGGAGAAGCUGAGCCAGGCCUAUGCAAUCAGCGCCGGUGUCUCCCUGGAGGGCCAACAGCUCUUCCAGACCAUUCACAAGACCAUUAAAGACUGUAAAUGGCAAGAAAAGAACAUUGUAGUCAUGGAAGAAGUUGUUAUUACACCCCCAUAUCAAGUGGAAAAUUGUAAAGGCAAAGAAGGGAGUGCACUGAGCCAUGUACGCAAAAUAGUUGAAAAACAUUUUAGAGACGUGGAAAGCCAAAAGAUACUGCAGCGUUCACAAGCCCAACAACCACAGAAGGAGGCUGCUCUGUCAUCCUGAGUCCACAAACACGGAGGACUCUUCCAGCAUCCAGCCACAGCGAUGGUGGUGGUGGCUCAGUGGAGGCAGGCCGGGGGAGGGAAGGGAUCCUGUAUUUCCUGCUGGCUCUCAUUAGGGUCAGUGUUUCAAAAAAAACUUAGACUUGAACAAACACCCAACAAAAAAAGAGCAAGAGAAUAAUUUAAAAGUUGAAUCAUUACUUGACUCCAGACUUCGGCCCACCAUGCCCUUCUCAGCCCUCUGAGCAGUCAUCUUGUUAGUUUUAUUUCUGCAAAUUCCUUUUCACUCUGCCCUCCACCUGUGACUUUCCUUCCCUAGUCUGUUUCUGCCAUUCUGAUUUUAUAAGUGGAUAUACUUGCCUUCUGAAUGAUUGAAAGAAACUUUUACAUCUUUUCUUCCAAAAUAAAAGUAACAAGCUGACUGUGA